UUAUCAAACGUGAGACACACAAAGCGUCUCGCAUGUGCCUCGGCAAAUAGGCCACCUGGAGACUCCAGAGUCUAGUCGCCGUGUCAUGCCACAUCACUUUUUCAUUAACUAAAACACACGUUGACAACAUGUGUGAUUCGUUUUCAUUUUAGCGCACAAGCCUAACAUUGGGCACCCUUUUGGAAAUACGCCACUAGAGGAAACGCAUGCUAUCGCCGUCUGGGGUGUAAAAGAGAAGCCAAUCGGUCAGAUUGGAUUGCUUUAGGACAGUGAGAGGAGCCCGGCGUCGCGGAGCCCCGCUAAAAGUGAUGACUGAGGCACAGGAUUGACUGACAUACAUGUUUGGGAUACCAUACGCGGUUUGGCAUGCGCUCCAGUUCAUAUUAAAUGACGAAUGCGCUAUCAUUUUGUGUCCAUAGGACUAGCUCUGUGGCAUGGUCAUUCGAAACGGCCCAAGUUGCUGAAGUGAUGCGACUGUGUUAGAAGAAAAAAUGACUUACUGCUGUGGAGGGUGAACAAAAGGGAGACAGCCAUGACGCUUUGACUGGACAGAGGAUUCUCUGUCUUGAGAAACCUGGAUCGUACUUGUCGGACCUUAACCCUUCAAGUCGACACAGUAAGAUCUGUUGUGCCUUCCACCCUCAAGAGGAAAACUGCAAGGAACAGGAGCUUCAUUAAAGAUCACAGAUGUCUUCCCCUUCUAAUGUAGCAUGCCUCAUUCUUCAUGUCUGGAUAGUGUAAACGUGUGAAACGCUGCCGCGACCAGGUGACACCUUCAGCAUGGAUACAGACAGUGGAGGACUCGCACGCAAAAGCACUUCCUUGUCUCUCACUCUCACACCCAUGAAGAGAAUGCAGAGCUCACCAAACCUCUGUGGUGCAGAAGGUAAUGAUUCUAACCCAUCAGAUUCUGAUGUGUGGCGUUCGUACAGUGCUACAGAGGGCCUGAGAAACGGAGACGUGACCACUUCCUCCCUGGCUGCCAAAGGAUUCAGGAGCGUCAGGCCGAACCUGCAGGGCAAGAGAUCUCCAACACCAACCCCACCUCCUGGCAGUCAUGGCAUCCACCUGAGCCCUGUUGGUAGUCCCCCUUCACCCUACAGUCCUCCUCUGCCCGGGUUUGGGGACUGUUCUUCUAACUCACUGGUCGUCAGGAACCAGUCCCACUCCUCAGAAACCAUGUCCUGUUCAUUGUGCCCAGAGGACACCCCUCACAACCCCACCACAGUGUCAACUUUACCAAGCACCAGUAGCUCCUCCCUGUCUCAGGGAUCCGGCAGGCUGUCCCCCGGACUAACCCCGUCACAGGCUACUGAGAUCCUUUACUUCCCUGGUACCCGGCCACCCCCUCACUGUGAGGCUGUCCUGACGGACAAGCCACCCCUCCCCCACCGAGAGCGACACACCUCCUCCCUGUCUGUCCGCAUAACACCCUCCACCCCCCUGGUGGUCACUGUGCCCUUGCCGCUCUUCUGUCAAGCCCCCCUCCCCACAGCAGGGCCAACGUCGACCGGACCCAAGGACACAGGAACGAGCCCCCUGCUGCUUGCGCCCCCUGCAGGCCGACAAGUGAACCACAGGGGAGUGAAUGGGAACCCCGGGGUCACAGGCACCUCCCACAGUCACCUUCAGAGGUCCUUCUCCCCCAUGUCCUACCCCCCUCCGCCCUCACUUAGCCCCAGCCUCGGCCUCAUAACACAGGCCAGGAGCACAGAGCUCCGCUCCCCGGGCUACCCCCGUAUGAGUCGCCCACCCUCUACCAGCCCAGGUGAGGAGGGACACCCGGGGGCACCAGCAGCCUCAGGGGAAGGCGAGGCGGGGAAAGGCAUCCACCCUGUGGAGGAGUCUGGCGCCAUCAAAACGACCGGGGACAGAUCAAGGGACUGGUACAAGUCGAUGUUCAAGCAGAUUCACGUGGUUCGCAAACCAGGCAGUGACCACACGGACGUCUCUAGUAUCACCGCCGCGGCUGUGAGCACAGACAACCACCGUCGCUCCGUCCCGGCGUUUCGCCCGGCCUCGUCUCUGCAGGCGCACCCUCCGCCCACGAGUCACACCUACCGGCCUAUGACCAAGAGUGUGUCCGACAACGGCACGUGCAGCAUACUCAGGAGCACAAAUGCAUCGCCCGUGCCACCUGCACCUCCUCCUGAAGCAUCGUUCAGUCAGGUUCGAGGCGAGGAGCGUGAGAGGGACACUGGCCCCGCCCACGGAGGCACGGUAGACACGAAUCAGUAUGGACCCCCAGAUCGAAAGGUGGACACCCGGAAAUACCGUGCAGAACCCAGGAGCAUCUUUGACUAUGAGCCUGGAAAGUCCUCCGUUUUGGAGCAGGAGAAACAGACUACUAGUAACUCAAACCCAACUGAGCUAGAUUUAGAGGAAGAGCCUUGGUAUAAAUUCUUUGCUGAGCUGGAGUUUGGACGUCCGCCUCCUAAAAAACCUCUGGAUUAUAUUGUUGAGAGUUCUCUCCAUCACACCCCUGCAGACAGGAACACAGACAGGGCAUCCAGCUCAGCCAGUGACUACAGGAAGAGGAGGAAGUCAGAGCCUGCAGCCCAGCAGACCAGACCAGCCAGCUGCCUGACCACAAGCCAGAGUACCUCCAGCACCCUGUCAGGGCCAGCCAGCCACCAGGGCCCCGCCUCCUGGCCGUUGGAGCAGUCUAGAAGCAUCAGUCAUAGCCACGGACACCCAGUCUGGCCGGUGGAGCCCCCCAGAAGUACCAGCCUGACCGCCACCAGCCAAGGCCCCCCCUCCUGGCCCAUAGAACCUCCCCGUGGAAGCAGUAACAGCAGCGGCCUCCGCAAGCCUGUGGCGAUCUCUUCCCCUGCGUCCCCCUCCAGAGCCAAAGGUGGGAAUAUUAGUGACAUACACUCAGCCCAUUUCAGCUCCCCAGGUCCCACCCACAAUGCCUCACAUAGUUCAGUGUUUCUAUGUCCUAAUGAUGAGACUGUUGACUGUGUUGAGCGUCUUGAGGACUCCGAUGACAGCCCUGAAAUGUGUCUGAAGAAUGGCUGGCAGGCUCCGAGCCAGAACCCUGAGGCCUCUCCCAAACUCAAGUCCUGGAGCUGCGAUGACCUCCUGGCAGAGGAUAGAGGAGUUCCACAGGCUCGCUCAGAGAGGGAAGACUUCCAGCAAGAAGGCAAAGGUGACAACAACUCUUCCUUACCGCUGAGCGAGUGGAACCGUCCACGCUCAGCCCAUGAUGCCCCGGGCUUCCUUAAGCUGUACAAAAAGAUGCAUCACAUCAAUAGGCAAGAUCUAAUGGAAUCAAAGAGCUCCCAGGUCAUCUGCUCUGUGAAAGCCCGGAUCCUGGAGUAUGAGGGCGAGCUCCACAAGGGCCGUCUGGCUAGCUGGAGGGGCUACAGCCAAGACGUGCCUCAGGAAUUGGUGCACAACAGGAUCUCCCAAUUUGAGAGCCUCAUUCAGAAGUCCAAGUCCAUGCCGAACCUGGGGGGUGGGCGUGAGGCCACGCCAGGGGGCCAGUCCAAAGUGGCCGGCAGCCCACAGCGGCGCUUCUCCAUCGAGUCCCUGCUGGACGAGGAUCCCCCUGCCAGGGACCCACCUGAGGGCAAGCCGCACUACCCCAGGAUUAACCCCAGACAGAACUGUGCGCCCGUCCACAUCCAGAUCACUGGGGACAACCACCAGAUCUACCCCCAGAGACCAGCCUCCCAGCAGGAAGUCUGCUCGGACAGUGAGUACGACGCCGUCCGGUCCGAGCUCAGUGACUUCAUCCAGAUCGAGGGAUCCUCCUUCUGUAGCGAGAGUGACUACGACCGCUGCUCUCGGACGUCUUCUGAGAGCCCCUACGGAUCUGGCCACCAUCACCACCGUCAUCACAACAACAACUACCUGGUCGGCAAUUGCAAAGGCCGAUGCCCUGCCUCCUACACGCGCUUCACCACCAUGCUCAGACACGAGAGGGCCAAGCAGUUGACCAUGGAGGACCCAGAGUCAGUGCGGUCCAAGUUGGCCUUCCUGGUGAGUCCGGUACCGUUCAGGAGGAAGAGUGGCUCCCCUCCCCAGAUUCACGGACAGGCCGGCUCCACCCGCAGCGUGCCCCUUUCCUGCUGUAAGAGCUCCAUGUAUGAGGUGCUGGACGAGGCUCUGAGGGACAUCUACGAACACAUCCAGGCCAAGAGGAGGAGAGGCAGCCUGCCUGACAACAGCAUCCUCCACAGGCUCCUGGCCGAGCUGCUGCCAGACAUCCCAGAGAGGAGCUCCUCCCUCAGGGCCCUGUGCAGAGGCAGCCCUGUCCCUGGAGCCCAGACCCCGGAGCCAGUGCACCCCUACCCGCCUCACCCUGACGGCAUGCCCAGCCCAGCCAGCUACCAGCCCGAGUUCAGCCCCCUCCCACACAUUGCCUCCUACCAUCACAUGGACCCCAACAACAACAGCAAUGUCUGUGGAGAAGACUACUACCAAGACCAGGAACCCUCCAGGGGCCGCUCCUAUGCUGAUGGGGGCCUCCAAGCCCCGCAGAGCAGGAGGCCAACCCCUGACGUCAGAGAGAAACAGCCAGCCAGAGCCAGGUAUGACUUCACGGCACAGACGGUGAAAGAGCUGACAUUCAAGAAGGGGGAGACAGUGAACGUUAUCAGGCAGAUCGACAACAACUGGUAUGAAGGAGAACACCGCGGGCUGGUGGGAAUCUUCCCCAUCUCGUACGUGGAGAAAAUCCCUGUCUCUAAGAAGCCCCAGCCCGCCAGACCUCCUCCACCAGCCCAGGUCAGGGAGAUUGGGGAGGCAGUCGCUCGAUACAACUUCAACGCCGACACCAGUGUGGAGCUCUCAUUGAGGAAGGGUGAGAGGGUGAUUCUGUUGAGGCAGGUGGACCAGAACUGGUACGAGGGAAGGAUCCCAGAUAGCAACAAGCAGGGCAUCUUCCCUGUGUCCUAUGUGGACGUAGUGAUCGAUAAGGGCAUCUUCCCUGUGUCCUAUGUGGACGUAGUGAUGGAUAAGUCCCCCGCUGGCAAGAGCCCUGUCCACCACUACACAGAGCCCUCCUGUUUACCCAUGAGAGAGUCUGCUGACAGGAUUCACCCGCUGGGCUCGGCCAAGCCUUCAUCCACGCCCCCUCGCUUCACUCCCCAGUUGCCCUCCCCUUCCUUCAGGAAGCCCCGCUCCAGUCUCACCCAGCCCCCCUCCCACAGAACCCAGAGGGCCCACCUGGAGGCCGUCACCAAUGAUUGGAUCAACCUGACCCUGGGCCUGUCCCCUUCCAGCACCCCAGCCCCCACCCCUCCCCCGUACCCCAACAGCUGCCUGCUAGCCGACCUGGAGGCCCUCAGCGCUCUCGUAUCCCACACCCCCUAUCCAGUCCCUGGCCGCGGCCUGGCGCCCCCCUCCCCAGCCCAAACCCUGGGGGACGCCCCCCCCAUGCCACGCAGCCUCGCCCCUUCCUUCAGACAGGGCCACUUCAUCCCCAUCACUUCCCCCAAGUCUCCUAUUUACCCCUGCUCCCCGGAACCCAGCCCCUCCCCGCUACCCUCCUUCACCACCUCCGGCGGCACCUCCUUCACCUCUUCUCCCUCCUCUCCCUUGUUUGGAAGCCCUGAGUGCAGCAGUGUGGUCGACUUGUCUCAGAUUCAGAACAGCUCAAUCAUGAAGCCCAUUAUAGACUCACAGCAGGCCAAACCGUUGUUCCCCAUGUCAGAGACAAUGUCCCCGUCGCCCCCCUCCCCGCAGGCCUGCAGUCCCAUCCAUCUGGUGGUGUACGAGCCCGGUGACUGCCCACGUCACUGUGACCAUCCAUCACAAACCUACCAACCUUCUGAUAGUGAUCCCCCGUCUCAACGCACAGUAAAAUCAGAGCAAAAUCAGUUUAUCUCUGUGGGGGACAACCUCUCCAACAAAGAGAAGACUCAGUUCAUGGUGGACACCGCUAAAGACCAGGAAGUGGAUCAGGAACAGGAAGAUGACCUCUGUGAGGAACUGGUGUCCAUAAUUCAGCAGGGACAACAAUCCAAAGGGGAUUUUUUUACCCAGGAUGAGGGGUUUCACAGACAAGAGCCAAACGUGAUGGAGAAGCUUCCCAAGCUCUUCAUAGAGGAGGAGCCUGCUGUGAGCAGAAAGACGACCCCACAUCAUAAUACCUUUACCCCUGUUUGUAGAGACGAGGCAGAACAGGAUGAGCAGGCUGAUGUUUCUCAGUAUGUCUCUGUGAGCUUGUCCUCCCCCACUUCCCAGCAGUUCACCACCACCAUUCUCCCCUACUCUCCCACGUCGGCCACCUCACCCACCUCACCCAAACCCUUGUCUCCACUCGUCUCCCCUUGCAACACCCCUCCACCGUCAGGGGUGCUAGACUCUCCCCUUCCCUACAAAAAACAGUACCCCCGCCUGGAGCCUAGGUCCCCCAAGGUCAAGCCUUCAAAGCGUGAGGUAGUUGUUGUGGGUAAGCCCCCUCGUAGCCCUGUGAUGUCUAGGAGGUCCUGCGGCUCACCCAAUAGAGCUCAAAGCCACUCGCCGUCUCAUAGGCGGCCCGCAUUUACCCAGGAUGCCCUGAAUUGUGCCGGAGAGCCAUUCCAGGUCCUGUAUAACUACGCUCCUCGUAAUGAGGAUGAGUUGGAGCUCAAGGAAGGAGAUGUUGUUGAUGUUAUGGAGAAGUGUGACGAUGGCUGGUUUGUAGGUACAUCGAGAAGAAGCAAGUUUUUUGGAACCUUUCCUGGAAACUAUGUUAAGCGCCUGUAACCAUAAAGAAUUGUCAUGAUUUUCAACAGAACUACUGGGGUUGUAUACUACAGUGAGUGAAUAUUCAAUAUAUUCAGAGAGCACAUUUUACACAAGAAACAUUACCUUCAGCUAUGACUAGCCAUUUUCAUCAAAAAAAAGUUUUAAAAUAAAGAUUCCAGCGGGGUACUCACUGAAGUACCUAGUGUUCCAGUCACAAGAGAAGUAACAAUGCAUAAUUCAUGAUGAACGGGAGAAGAUAUGUACUCAGUGGCCUCGAAGGGAUGUCCUUGCUCAAAGUAUGUUUUAAUGUUUGUUUGAAGGUGAUUUUAUUGUACCUUUCUCCAACUGAGACGAUGAUGUCUCAAGUGGAUGCCACCGAUGCGUUUGAAAGCAGAUUUGGUCACAAAUGACUGAUAGUUUGAUUAGUGUGAGAGCAGUUCGCAGAGAAAGGCUGCCUUGUAGACAAGUGGGUUUCACAAUAACGAAGUAACCAAGUGCCCUAUUUACCAUUUAUUUAUUUAUACUGUACAAAUAUAUAUUUUUUUCUUGUUCUAAAAAUACUUUAAUUGAUUAUGCUAAUCUUUGUUAGGAGAAAUUGUUGUUAACCUUUUGGAGAGGGGUUGUCUUCUGGUUUCACACAGUAGGAGUGAACAGGCAGGCAUGGCAAUAGUUGACAGAGAGUGAUGAUGUGUUUUAUACCAUGGGAGCAAGUUCCUCCUAAACACAUCAGUUAACACAUGGCUUUGGACAGAGGGUUGCAGCUCUGACAAUGUGCACAUUGUUAGUGCAUUCAGGCAGUUAGGUCAACCUGGACUUAAUGUCUAAAGACUUGUUUGUUUUUUGUUUUUCUCUCCAGACAUUCCUGUAAGUAUUAAUGAAAGGAAACAGAAGAAUUAUGUAAUUGGACAAUGUAUAACAUGACUUCUUUUUACAAGUUGAGUAGAGGAAAGGAUGUCAGAAUGUCAUACUAGUUUGUUUUAAUGAUGUGCUGCAUGACAGCAGUUAUUUAUUGAAUGGGCCAGUGCCAGUGAAAAAAGUCUGGCACUGAACAUGAGCCAUUUUUAAAUAGCGAACUGAAGGUGAAACUGUCCUUUAAGAUGGUGUUUAAUAUAUGAUCAUUUUACAUAUUGUUGUUAUUGCAAAUUCUCAAUUUAGAAUUAUUUGAAAUUAUUUAGAUAUCUUAGGGAGAACUCAUCUGUCACAACUUGUAAGUGCUAGACAUUAUGUAAUUUACUUACUGUGUGGAUGCAUUCAGCCCACUCUAAAUCAGCUUCUGAUUUAUGCAAUAAUCAUUCUGUUUCACCACAUACUUGCCUUUAUGUUUCAGAACACAAAGCAACAUAAUGACUUGAAUGAUUUGAAGUGGUGAUGUUGUCAAUGAUGACAUACAGAAAUGUUGUUAUGCAACUUUGUGUUCACUAUUGCCUAAGGUCAUCAUACAGUGAAGUCUGCUGGGAUUUGUAUGUCUUGUACAGUAAAUGUCCCUGUGAUUAAAAAGAAUCCACUGCC